AAAACAUUAAUCCUUGUGCCCACCCACCAAAAUGGCUCCUUUAUGGGGCAAUUCUAGGUGUUUGACGUGAAGUUAUUUACACACCUGGAAUUAAGCCUUCAUUGAGACAAGUUGUAGAUGUCUUUCUGUGCACCGUGUGCGUGAAACAGAUCAAGAAAGAGUGCGUGUUCUAUAGCAGUGAAGAAUCGAUCGAGUUCCUGAAGAAAAAAUUAUACAGGACGGCCGGUUGGUAUAAUAGUUCGCUUGCUGAACAAAAAUCUGUACAGACUUGAUAUACAAUGACCAAAGGAAAAAAUAUUGGUUUUUAAUAACUACAAAAUAAAUGAAUAAGAGAAACUAUUAAUAGUGGUACUUAAAAAUGUCCUGAGUAAAGUUUGAUGAAGAAAAGAUUUUUAUUUUCUCACUUAAUUAUAUAAAUGAUAUAAUCAAAUUAAACUUUAAAAAUGGCAAGAAAAAGUGAUAAUAUCAAAACCAUCAAUGUUGCUAUUGUUGGUCUUUCUGGUACAGAAAAAGAUAAGGGGCAAGUUGGUGUGGGAAAAUCAUGUCUGUGUAAUCGUUUUAUGCGUUCUUUGAACGAUGAUUAUAAUGUGGACCAUAUAUCAGUGUUAUCACAGUCAGAUUUUAGUGGUCGGGUGGUGAAUAAUGAUCAUUUCCUAUAUUGGGGUGAAGUUACAAAAACAGCAGAAGAUGGAACAGAAUAUCAAUUUCAAGUAAUAGAACAUACUGAAUUUAUAGAUGAUGCAUCUUUUCAACCUUUUAAAGGUGGUAAAAUGGAACCUUAUGCAAAAAGAUGUGCAGCCACAAAAAUUACUAGUGCAGAAAAGCUUAUGUAUAUUUGCAAAAAUCAAUUAGGCAUAGAAAAAGAAUAUGAACAAAAAGUUUUACCAGAUGGUAAAUUAAACAUUGAUGGCUUUUUGUGUGUAUUUGAUGUAAGUGUUGUACCAAAUAGAUCUAUAGAAAAACAGGUUGAAAUAGUAGCAAAUAUAUUGAAUAAUUUAAUGAAAACUAAAAAACCAAUAGUUUUGGUAACAACCAAAAAUGAUGAUGCUAAUGAACAAUAUGUAAAAGAAGCUGAAAAAUUAGUGAUGCGUAAAGAAUACAAAAGUUCCAUAUUAAUAAUUGAAACAUCUGCACAUGAAAAUAUAAAUAUUGAUUUGGCAUUUAUGAUUUUGGCUCAACUGAUUGAUAAAACCAAAAUGCGAAGUAAAGUUAUUCCAUUUGCGGAAGCAGCCAGAGCUAGAAAGGAAUUAUUAGAUGCAUCAACGGAAUCUUUACAAAGAUUGAUUCGAAUACAUGUUACUGAUUAUAGAGCAUUGUGGUCUCAAGCAUCUAAAAAAUUAGCUCAACACAAAGAAUUUUCAACAUUUGUUGAAUUAUUUGGUAUUGAUGCAACUCAAAGAUUAUUUAGAAGACAUAUUAAAAAAUUGAAAGAUGAACAAGUGGCAAAAAAAAUCCAGGGAUAUUUGGACAUGUUACCUGAUAUUCUUCAUGAAAUAUGUCCUGAUAUAACAAAUUUGAUCAAUGAAGAGUGGUCUGCAGUACAACAAUAUAUAAAAGAACAUCCUGAUUUUCACCAAUAUUUCUAUGAAUGUCCUGAAGAUAUCCCAUGGAUUGAUUGUGAUUUCGGUGAAAACAAUGGAACAAAAAUUCCUUAUGAUGUCUUAGAAACACCCGAAGCUGAAACUGUUUUCAAAAAUCAUAUAAAUGUAUUGCAACAGGAACAGCGGCGAUUAGAACUUCCUAAAAGAUGGAAAAAACAAUUUAAACAGUUAUUGGAAGAAACUGGUUAUGUUACACCUGGAAAACAUUUAUCUGAAGUUAGAGUUCUUUUUAUGGGUAGAGAAUGUUUUGAAGCUCUUUCUCACCAUGAUUGUCAAGAAAUAUAUGAUCAACAUCAAAAAGAAAUUAUUGAAAAAGCAAAACAUAAUUUCCAAGAACUAUUGCUAGAACAUGCUGAUUUAUUCUAUCAUUUCAAGAGUAUAGCACCAUCUGGUACUAUAACACAAGAUGAUAUUAAAGAAAUUACAGAUGCAUUAGUAGAUGAUUUUAGAUAUAAAGCUUUAGAUAGAUUAGAUCAAGAUAGAAAAUUAAUGCUAUUUCAACAUUUGGGUUUUGUACAUUGUCCUAUAAGAGAACAUUGUCCAGCUUAUCCAAAUUGCAUGGAUGCACUUAUAGAACGAAUACUUGGAACAAAAGCUCACAGACCUUCUUCAUGGAAUCACAGUAGUCAGUGGCAAUUAACAUCUGAUAAUAAUCAAUUAAAUUUAGUUAUACUUGGAAGCAAUGGACUUGGUGAGGAAUUCGCUCGUGAAAUAAGAGCACAAACAGAAGAUGAUGAAGUAGAAAUUGAUUGUCAAUUGUAUACGCUUGGAUAUCGAAUAAUCGAUGGUGAUGUUGGAUUACCACAUAAUUCAUUUACUACUUCAGACUUCAUGCCUCAUGGUUCAUUUUGUAUUUAUGCAAAUGAAGAUUCAUUUGAAUAUAUUCGUUCUUCUUUAGAAAAAACUUUAUUGUCGAAUUUAGAACAAGAAGAUAGAUUACCAUUUCAAGGAUUACCUAUUGUUAUUAUGUUUGUACCAGAAUCAACUAUAGACGAAAUGGAAGCAAUACGACUUAGAAAAGAGGGUCAGAAUCUUGCUGAUAGUUUGCAGUGUCCAUUUAUAGAUGUUUGCAUAGAGGAUUUGGAGCAAGAUAAAAGAUUUCCUACUUUACUUGUAAAAGAUGCAUUACAGCAACUUAUACAAUCUAUAAAUCACAGAGCUGGUUUUUUAAAUAUUUACCAAAGUGUUAUUGAAUGUUUAGAACCAGAUAUUAGAAUAAUAAUGUGUAUGUUUUGCGGAGAUCCAUAUUCCGUGGAAAACGUACUUGGUCCCUUACUCAAUCAUCAAUGUUGUUUUCUUAGUGGCGAUCGAUCGAUUGUUUUAGAAACAUUUCUAGGAGAAUCGAAACGAAGAGUUGAAGUUAUUAUUUCAAGUUUUCAUGGAGCAAAUGCAUUUAGAGAUGAAUUAGUACAUGGUUUUAUACUUGUUUAUUCUACAAAAAGAAAAGCAUCACUUGCGACUCUUAACGCAUUUUCUAUGAAUAUACCAAAUUUACCAAUACAAAUAAUGGCUGUGACUGAUACUGGAGGUGCUAAUGCUUUCUUCAGUAAUGAUUUAAGUCAUUUACUUAUCACAGAGGGAAAUGCAAUUGCGGAUAAAUUGCAAGCACAUUUUAUGACUUCGGCAUCUAGUUGCCAACAAAAAACGGCAUUCUAUACCCCAUUCUUUAAAGAGGUAUGGGAGAAAAAACCCGAAAUCGAACAGGCAUUUAAUAUGGAAGAACCAGGUAAUUUAAAUGAUAGCGGUGAAGGAACUUUGGAAUAUUCUGCAUUACAUCCUAUGCCACCACCACGUCAUGAAAGUUAUCACCUUCAAACACCAGAUGAUGGUAUGUCUGUAACUUUCAGAAGUGGUUCUGAAUCUUAUGAACAAUUAACUCCUGAUGGUGAUCUUGGAGAUACAGGAUUAAACGAGCAGUUUGCAGACAAUAGAGCUACACCUAGUGAUGAUAGUGAUAUUUAUAGCCAAGUAGAUUUUUAUAGAGAAGAAAGAGAAAGAGAUUUGUUAAAACCAGGAGAUAUUACAAACAAAUUGUCUGGAUGGGUGAAGGAUACAUUUAUGCCUCAAGAUGGAGUAACUAAUAGUUACUCUCACAGAGCCUUCACAACAGGUAGAAGACAUAUUUCUCAGGCAAAGCCGCGUCCAAAAGGAAACAGUCAAACUUUAAAACAACCUGGUAAAAUAAAUUUGAAAGAUUUUUCAAAUGUGACGGAUGCUAUAGCUAGAAUGACAGUAGGAGAAAAAGAUGAACAUGGUUCUAAAAUAAGUAUGGGUCAUGCUCCACUUGCUACUCCUGAAUUAGAUUUAAGUUCCGAAUAUGCGCAAGUAAAAGAUGUUGUACAAAGUUUAUAUCCUUAUGAUGGUGAUUAUAUGUAUGCCUCGGUACAAGAUUCUGUCGGAAAUAAUAAACCCAAGUUACGUCAUAGACGUGAAAAAGGACAACCUUCAUACAGUGAUUCUGAUUCUGAAUGGAGUUCUUUGGAAAGACAAAGAAUUGCUGAUAUUUCAGGUAAAGCAAACAAAAAACCACCAUCACAUAAAAGGAUACGAAAAAAACGUACACCUAUAUUUGUUGCCUCACCUAAAGUACCAUCUAGCAUGGGAAGUGGAGAUAGUAUUGGUUUGAAUUAUAAUAUUAAAGAAGUAAAACUGCGAGUAAAUCCUACAGAAAGAGAAUCCAGUGAAACAAAUUCUUCUGAAUCAAGUGAUCCAGAACAUACUUCAAGAUUAAGAGCCAAACAUAAUAAGCAUACUACUGCUGCUAUUUCACGAAGAAAAUUUGGAAAUUCAUUACCACAACAUCCAACUUCCAAUAAAGAGAUGUUUAGUGCUUCCUAUGAAUCCAGUUUAGAUGUUUCUUCUCCACGAGAAAUUAAUUCUCCCAGUGUCAAAGAUGGCGAUAAGUUAAAUAGGAAAAAGGAUAAACAAAAAGCAAAAGAAGAUGAGAAGUUAGAAAAGCGUCGUCAAAAAGAAGAAAAACUAAAAAAACAUGCGGAAAAGGAAAAGGAAAGAGAGAAAAAAAAGCAAGAAAAAACAAAACAAACUAAAGGUCCUAGUUCAACAUUAAGUCUGAGUCAAGUGCAACAACCAUUAAUUGAAGAUUUUGCACAGAGUGAAACAAAUCGAAUACCUCUAUUUCUUGAAAAAUGUGUGCAAUUUAUUGAAGAUGAAGGAUUAGAUUCUGAAGGUAUAUAUAGGGUUCCUGGAAAUAGAGCACACGUUGAACUCCUUUUUCAAAAGUUUGAAGAAGACGGAAACGUGGACAUACAUUCGUUGGAUAUACCAGUAAAUGCUGUUGCAACUGCUUUGAAAGAUUUCUUCUCAAAAAGGUUACCACCAUUAAUUGAUAAAGAACGAAUGAGUGAACUCGAGGAUAUCUCAGGUGCUCGUGGUAUUAGCAAACCAAUGUCUGCAACAUGUAUGAAUAUGGAAGAUCGAAGCUGCAGAUUAUUAGCAUUACGUUUGAUGCUCAACAAAUUGAAGCCAGUUAAUUUUGAUGUACUUAAAUUUAUUUUUCAUCAUUUUGUAAAAGUGGCUGAAAAUUGUAAGCUGAACAGUAUGGAUAGUAAAAAUUUGGCAAUCUGCUGGUGGCCUACUUUAUUACCAAUAGAAUUUAACGAUCUUGGCAGAUUCGAAGCAAUGAGACCAUACUUGGAAGAUGUUGUUCAAACAAUGAUAGAUCAAUAUCCUUUCUUAUUUUGUGGUGAAGAAGCUAUCGUAAUGGUGUAGUGAAAGAUUACAUUAUUUCGAAUCGUACAAUUAGAGCUUGUACGAAUAAUAAGAAAUAAUUUCGUAUUAAUACGAUACGGAUUAUUUCUAUAACAUUUAGUUCUUACGAUCAUGAAUAAUGAUUUGUCUUGCUAUGUUUGUAUACCAUGACUUCAUCGUAGUGCAUUUGAACUACGAUUAGGAUAAUUUUCAUAACUUGAAAAAGACGAACAAAUUAAUUUAAGUUUACAUACUCGUUCCAUUGCAAAGUGUGACUGAUGGAGUGAGAGAUUGAUGGUCCUAAUGAUGGCUAUUUGCAGGCCCGAUAAUAAUGCGAAUAAUAAAAAGUCAAUCCAUGUGUCAUAACAGUAUGCAUGUAUCAUGUUGGAUGUAUUCAGAGCGAUGUAUUUAUUAACAUGUAAUUAGAGGUAAGUCUUAAUAUUUGAUAAUAGCGAUUAUAGUAGUGAGCUCGAUGUUGCUUUUUUUAUCUGAUUUUUUUUAUUUUUCUUUUUGUUCUUACAUUUUUCUAUAGAUAAAAAUUUUUUUAUUGUAUGUAAUGUAUGUCUGAGAAUGAAUGUAUGAGAGAAAGAGAGAGAGAGAAAAAAAUAAGAAGGAAGGAUAAAAAGCGAGACAAUGGCGCAAUCUCUUAAAAAGAAUAUUCGUAUUCUAAAGCGUGUUAAAGAUAUCAUAAAAUGUAUGAGGUAUACAAUUUCUCUAAUUCAUGUGAUUUUUAUAUAGCAACGAUAUCAAAAAAUUUGAAAUAU